GCGAUUUCAAAUGUUCACUGAACAGUCUCAAACCGUUGACGGCGAUUCUUUCUCUUUAGAGUGUGUUCAGUAAAACAAAGUUCGUUUCAUUUUCAUUGCCACGUAGAGCCAACAAUCAAGUCGCAAAUUAAACAACAUUGAACAAUUUCACAUUUCUUAGUUGGAAAAAAUAUAUAAAUCAAAAUGGAUCAAAUUCUCAAAAUCUAUGAACCAGGUCGAGCUUUCGCAAAAGAUUCAUUCAGAUUAAUCAAAAGAUGUACAAAACCUGAUCGUCGCGAGUUUCAGAAGAUUGCAAUUGCAACAGCAAUUGGAUUUUGUAUCAUGGGCUUCAUAGGAUUCUUCGUUAAACUAAUUCAUAUUCCAAUUAACAAUAUUAUUGUUGGAAACUAAUCAACAACAUCCAGCAUAAGAAGAAAAAGAAGAAUCAUCCAACUAAUUUCUUAAUCUAAUUAUCAUUUUGUGUCCCUCGUUUUAAGUGAAAUGGCAAUUUAAGUUAAUCCUUUCAUAAUAAAGUGUCACCUAGAGUGAAAUUGGAAACUUAAAAACUAUUUAAAUAUUUUUGUUGUUAUUCAUCUUACGCACAAAACUAUUAAUGACUAUUUAGGAGAUAAUUGGAAGUUAAUAAGGCUACAGGAAGUUGGUUUUGGUUCUUAAAAUUAAAGAAUAUGUAUAACUCCUUUUUAAGCUUUCUAUAAAUAUCAGGAAUGUUGAAAGGAUUGUGUUGUUGACUUGUGCCAGAAGAUUUAAAUUGAAAGCUUUGAUAACGUGUAGUAAACGUGGAAGAGUAAAUUUUAGCGAGAAAUAAAAUCUACC